AUGUCAUUCGAACGACUAAUAUCCAUAGCAGCGUUAUCAGAACAGGUCAAUCGUAAUAAAUCUUCGAAAACAACGAAAAGUUCAGCAAAACCAAAUUUUUGUAAAGUAUGUGGUGACAAAGCAACUAUCAUCAAUUAUGGCGCACUUUCUUGUCAAUCAUGUAAAACAUUCUUUCGUCGAAAUGGCUUCCGUCCUGAAAGCGCUCGUCCUUGUUUAUUGAAUAGAUCAUGUGAAGUGACUCUAAAAACACGACGAAAUUGUACUGCUUGCCGUCUUGCUAAAUGUUUGUUAGUUGGUAUGAGUUCAGAAUUAAUUCGUAAAGAAGAAGGGCAAAGUAAAAAGCCAUUAUCAACGUGUAAAUCCACAACUACUGGUGACGUUGUCAACCAACAAGUAACAUCUUCACCAAAGCGAUUAACAUUGAAUCUACUUCACAAUGAUCGAGUUUUGACCAAUUCUGAAUGGACACUAUUGUCGAAUAUUAUACAUUCUCAUGAUGCAUUUAAUAUAAUUCCACAAAUACAUCAAAUCAUCGAAAGAUUAUCUGCAUUACCAAAUGACAUGCAAUUCAAGGAAACAAAUGCAUUUGAAUUCGUCAUUCUUAUGUAUAAAUCAAUACAUUCAUUUAUUAUCGACUUUAUCUUACAUUUAUAUUUGUUGACAACUGAAUUGAACAACAGCUUAUCACGAAUAAAAAACUCAUCUAUAUCGAGUGUUUGUCAAGUAUGUGGUGACAAAGCUAGUAUUAUGAAUUAUGGUGCACUUUCUUGUCAAUCAUGUAAAACAUUCUUUCGUAGAAAUGGUUUUCAUCCAGAAAAUGUUCGUCCAUGUUUCUUCAAUAAAUCAUGUGAAAUAAACAUUACCACACGACGAAAUUGUACUGCUUGCCGUUUUGCAAAAUGUUUAUCGACGGGCAUGAGUCCAGUUUUAAUUCGUAAAGAAAUUCAACAAAAUAAAAAAGAUAUAUUACCAACAAACGUACAUAGUUGUCAUAAUGUCGUAGACAAAAGUAUAAUGCCUACAACACAUGCUCUCAUAUUAGAUCAAUCACAUAAUGAUCCAUCAUGUGUUAGUAAAAAUGAAUGGAUAUUACUUUCAAAUGUUAUUCAUGCUCAUGACACUUCUAGUGCUAUACCACAAAUACGUCGCACUAUUGAAAAUUUAAAUGCACCAUUUUCACUUCAUGUAUCGUAUAGUGUAUCUAAUGUAGUUGAAGUUAUCCUGCGUAUGUAUACAUCUAUGGGAUCGUUUAUUAGUUCUUCACCUGAUUUUCGAAUAUUAACUAUAAAUGAACAAUGUUCUCUUUUCGAACGUAAUUUACAUGGGAUUAUUGCUCUUUGUUCAGCUCUCUACUUUCGUACUACUCGUAUUAUUGAUACUCCCAAAUGUUUAGAAAAAUUUACAUUAGUCUAUGGAUCAGAAAUUAUACUUCAAGCAAAAUGUAUCAAUGAUCAAUUAGAUUCUGAUUUAACUGUUAUUAAACUUAUGCUAAUUAUUCUUGCAUUUUCGUCAAAUUGUUUUAUUGUUCUUGAAAAAGAAAAACCACAAAUUGACAGUUUAUUAAAUGGUACAUUUCGUUUAUUUGGAAGUCAGAAUGUAUAUAUUGAACUCUUAUGGAAAUAUCUAAUUUAUCGAUAUGGUUAUUAUGAUUCAGUAAUUCGAUUUAACCGACUUAUUAGAGUUGUUCUCAGUUUGAUUAAAUACUCAGCAUCAGUCUACACAACAAAUGAAUUUUAUUAUCACUUAGUCAACGAAGUUUUAGCACAAAUAAAACAAUCAUUCGCGACAAAUCAAAAUAUGCAAAAACCAUUAUGGGGCAAAACAUAA